GCAUUGGCACUAAGGAUUUUAGGGGUUGGGAUUGCGCAACAUCAGGGACAUGGGAGACUGCAGAUGACUGGCUUUCAACUUCCUGCUCGACUCUGUUUCCUUGAGCACUCCUCCAGUCCCUCUGCUCCUCAGAACCACUGUGUUCCCGAACACACGAGCAAGGGAGCAUGAAUCGUGUGUGCUGCCAAUAGAAUCAACAUCACUAGAAUACAUAACAUUUAAUUCAUAACAACAGCAGAAACAUUCCACUGAGUCUCUCUCGCAUCAGUUGCACUGCGGCGGCGCUGCACUGAGGUUAAUCUGCCGAAGAGGAAUCAAAGAAACCAUCAGAUGAUUCCUACCAAAGGCCUGGAGGUAAAUACGCUGCGAUUCAAGCAACUGGGUUUGUCUAUAUUGUCCUAAUUAACUCGUCUCGGAUUGAAUUAUGCAUAUUUUUAAUGUUUCUCCAAGUAUGUUUUGAAUUGAAAUAAUUUUAAAAACACAUUUCUCCAGCUGCCACCACACACAGCUACUGACCCGUUUCUACGAUGUUAUUUCUCACAAACGUAUCACUGCGAUUACAGUGGGCUAUUUUAUUUCAACAAAAAUAACACCGUGCUAUCAUUAAUGUAGAUAUGUUCAUUGGCAUUGUCCUCGAGUAAUUGUAACCGAUGGGACAGUAAUUGAAUGACACAUCAACACGUCCGCUCAUGUCUGGCCGCUUGGGGGCAGCAGAAACAAGCUUUGAAGUGGAACCACAAAUGACAUAUAAUUAGAUAAUAUCACUUUUUAGUUUAUGUAACUACAGCUUAAUUACAAACGGUUACAUACACAGUAGAUAUGGAGGCUAUAAUUGGUAAAUCCACUCUCCUUUUAGCUCUCUAUGGUCUUCAGUCCACUUUACACCUGAAACCAAGAACCAAUACCUGGCUCUGAAGCUAAUUUUGCUAACUUUAGUAUAUAUAAUUACUUCUUCUUCAGGAGAGAAUCCUGUCCACAGCACUGUACAUGACCCCCUGUCACAACGUAUGUUUAUGUUUUCCCCUUCAGUCUGUGGGGCCGAUGCAUUCGGAGAGAUUUGUCACCAGUUAUAGUCGCGACUACAAACCCUUCAGGGUCAACCAGCUGCAGUCCAGCUGGGAAGCUGCAGCUGCUCCUGCAUUGAUCAGCCCACCUCAGAGUCGUCGUGAGACCUGGCCUGUGUUUCAUCACUACUUCUACAAGACGACAAACAGCAUCUACGGCUCUACCAGCUGUCCACAGCCUCCCUCGUGUUCCCUCUUCCCUGGCUCCUGGCAUCCUUUGUGCACCCCCGCUCCGUACAUGUCCGAGGCGUCGGCGUUUGUCGGCUCUUCCCCGACAGAGGCAAGGACACAGGAAGUGGGAGUUGGGAGGGAGAUCGGGCCUUUACUUGGAGAGGAGAUGGAAGGUCAUCUGCACGAUGCGUUUGGUGGAAAGGCAAAUAUGUUGGAGCAGCAGGAGGCAAAAGAUGAGCCUCAGAGGAAAAUUGAUGUUCUCUACGAAGAAAGUGUGAUUGUGUUGUCCCAUGGCGGCCCGGCCUGCUGUGAGGAUUUACUGAAAUCUGUCUGCAGAGAAGCCGGCCUGCUCCAUCUUCCUGUGGCCUCGAGUCCAAUUAUCACAACUAAAGAUGCUGGAAAUUGGGAUGUCAGCGCCUACCUGAGGGGCUUGGAACCAGCUAUUGGACUGAAAAAUAGCACCUUCAUACAGCCUACUUCCAGGCACUGUGCACAGGAAACUGCGUGCCCUCAUGGUUGCUGCUUGAGGAUGAAAACCUUCCCUCCCUGCCUCCUUCAGAGCAGCACACUUCCUCUGGCCCAAUUACAGCCCACGUUCUACUGCCCGGAGCCCAGCAGGAGUACACCGCUGACAGAGUACCAAGCCAGGUACACUGCUGAGCCUAAGAUGCAGCAGAGUGUCAUUCACCAUCGUCAUCCUCAUCACGAGACGCUCUAUUCGUCCUUCUGAAUCUCAACUUUUGCCUCAAUACACAGCAGAAUGUCCCUAAAAAAAAACUGUGUUUGCGUCUUUGUCCAAUUGUGUGCACUUUUCAGGACAGAAGGGUUGCCACAUAUGAAAAUGCCCUUCAAAGUUGGGCAGCGUUGUGGUAUCAGGAUACACAGGCUGAGGAUGAGUCAUAACACGGUAGUAAACCAUCUGUCUGCGCCACUUAAGGAGACAGUAACAUGUUGGGAUGAGGUGGGAAUGUGCUCAGUGGUGCAACAAGAACUCGGAUUAUUUGCAGAGGUUAAAACAUUUUUUAUUUUUAAUACCACUGUGUAAAAAAAGUUGUGCAUUUAAAAAAAUGCAUCAAGUGAAAGUACAGAAUGUAAAGUUCUCCCUCUUCUAAUGUUAUGUUCACACAUGUGGCUGCAGUUGGAGAUCAGCUUUCCACUUUAGUUGUAUUCAGAUUUUUAUGAAUGAUUGAAUUACAGGACUGUUGCCAGGGUUUUGAUUGCAGUAAAAAUAUUGAUGUCAACACAGGUGGAAAAUAUGAAAAAUAUAAUAUGAAGAAAAUAAGUCCUUUCUCCAGUUAUUGAUUUAUUUGUUAAUUAAUGGAAUAAACAUCCGUUUGAACAAAGUCAAUCAAGCCGAGUAUGCUGACCUCAGUGACCCCCACAACCCUCCAAGGUCAUCAGAGCAGCUUGAUGACAUUCUGCUUGCUCCUAUCAGUUGGUGACCUUCAGGGAGCGUUUUACUGUGACGCCAGCAGAAUGAAAGUCUCUAAAUGUUUCGUGAUGCUCCGGAGGUCGUUUUACAAAUCACUGAGAUAGCGCUCAGUCUCGGGCGUAGGCUGUGAACGUGAGACCCUGUUGUACGGCUGACCCUUCACCUCUAUGACGGGUCAUUCCUCCGGUCUGCUUCCAGAACCGCCGUAUGAACUUUGGUUGGUUGGACGGGCAGCUCGAGGCCUAGAGGGAGAAAUAUGGACAAAAUGCUCAUCUUCAAAUAUAGCAGAAUUUUGAGGAUUGUAGGCAAAUACAUUUUCUUGUAUUUUUUUAAUUUAUUAGCACCAAAGUGUUAUUCAAUGUUUUAUCUUAUGUUGUGGCAGAUUUACGUCAAUACAUCUAUUUAUACAUAAAAAACUGGACCACAAUACUUAAAAACGAGUAUUCAUCUUGCAGCCCGACCAGCAGGGUUCAUCGUGACCUGCGCUGGUUUUGUUUCCAAGCGACGGCGCGGAGCAAUCUCCAUGUCCUCAUAUUUAUCAGUGGAGGCCGGUGGGAGUCUGCUGACCUUCGCCAUGGACACGCGGUCGGGCUCGUUGGCGAGGUGGCGCCGUACGCGCGGUUUGACGGUCAGACGACGGUUCCUCAAGUUGAUCGUGUCGUCGGAUGUUUCUCCGCCUUCCUGAAUGCAACGGAAGAGUCAUAGAACUAGUUAAAAGGACUUUCUUUGGAGUAAGUGUUAAAAAUAAUCACUUUAUACAACAGACAAAAAGCACCCGAUGGAUGUUAAUCACUUGUUACUUUUAUGGCUGCAGACAUUUUAAGUUGUUUGAACACUAACAUCUUUAAGUAGCUAAACUGCUCCAUUUCAGCACCGUGUUCAUACCUGAUGCUCUGGGUCAAGCUCCAUUUUCACAAAAUACUUCCCUUCUUGGAGUUUCCAUUUCUUCUUCGUUCACAAAGGAGCUGUUCACUUUCAAUCAUAUCACAGUCUUCCUUGGAGUUGCAGAUUAUCAAAAUUGUAGCUCUGCAGAAAAAAAAAUAUUUUUUGCAAACACCAACACUCCAACCGCUGAGGAAGCUUCUGGGAUUUGACGGAAAGCUCUGUUCUGCUUAACGGACCUGUGGUGAGACGGCUGUCAUCUGCCGCCUCGUCUACGGGGAAGAGGGAACUCUAUCGCAAUGUUUAAGCCAGCGUGGACGAGAGUCCAUGAAGUGCUCAGAAAAGCUAAUUAAAAAACCCGAUGGAUUGUUGUUGUAUUUCUCCCCCAAUAUACUUCGACUGACAUAUCAGAGGUUAUGACAUUUCUUGAAAUAUAAAUUCAAAAAAGCAUUCAAUAUAAAGAAGCGUGCUGGUCCAGCGCGCUUAAAACAAUGACAAAAGACCGACACAGAGCAUUUGUCUUUAACAUCUUUAUUCUUCUUUUUUCAUUAUUUUUAUUUGUAUUGAAAUUCAUACUCUGUGUCUUCUGGACCUCUUUUUUCUUGUCUUUUCUUUUUUCGUCUUUUUUUUUUUUUUUUUAAACGGCUUCUGUCAUCUAAACGCAUCUAAAUAAAAUCACCAAAAA